CUGCCGGCACGGCCUGGGCCGUACUACUGCCCGGUUGCGGCGGGCCCUGGCCCGGCGGCGGCGGCGCGGGCUCCGGACGCAGGGGGCUCCCGCUCCCCUCCUCGGUCCCUCCUCCCUCCCGUUCGAGCCCCGGCGCCGGCGCCUCCCCCGGAGCAUGUGUCAGAGCCGGGGCGGCCGGGAGCCUGCCGAGCCUCCGCCGCCGUCUCCGCCGGGGCCCGGCCCCCGCCGCCGCCGCCGCCGCCGCCGCCGCUGCCGCUGCUCCUCCUCCUGCGGCCGCCGCAGCCGCUGCGCCCCGCGGUGAGCAGGCUCCGCCGCCCCGGCCCGGCCCGGCCCCGCCCGGGCGAUGAGAAGCUGCUUCUGUGUGAGACGGAGCCGAGACUCGCCGCCGCCGCCACCGCCACCGCCACCGCCGCCGCCGCCUUCUCAACCGCCGCCGCCGCCGCCGCCUCAGCGGGGAACAGACCAGUCCAUCAUGCCUGAAGUCAAAGACCUUUCAGAAGCCUUGCCUGAAAUGCCAAUGGACCCCAUUACAGGAGUUGGAGUGGUUGCUUCUCGGAACCGGGCACCCACAGGCUAUGAUGUAGUUGCACAGACGGCAGAUGGUGUGGAUGCUGACCUCUGGAAAGACGGCUUAUUUAAAUCCAAGGUUACCAGAUACCUGUGUUUCACAAGAUCAUUUUCUAAAGAAAAUAGCCAUUUAGGGAAUGUAUUGGUGGAUAUGAAGCUCAUCGACAUAAAAGACACGCUACCUGUAGGCUUCAUCCCAAUUCAGGAGACUGUGGACACACAGGAAGUUGCUUUCAGAAAGAAGAGGCUUUGUAUUAAAUUUAUUCCUCGGGAUUCAACUGAGGCAGCAAUCUGUGACAUCAGAAUCAUGGGCCGUACAAAGCAGGCACCUCCUCAGUAUACAUUCAUUGGGGAACUGAACAAUAUGGGAAUCUGGUAUCGAAUGGGCAGAGUUCCGAGAAAUCAUGAGUCACCUCAACCCACAACUCCUUCCCCAUCAUCAGCUUCAACACCGGCCCCUAACCUUCCAAGGCAUAUCUCCUUAACACUUCCUGCUACCUUCAGAGGUAGGAACAGCACCCGAACCGACUAUGAGUACCAGCACUCAAAUUUGUAUGCCAUUUCAGCUAUGGAUGGAGUGCCUUUUAUGAUUUCAGAGAAGUUUUCUUGUGUUCCAGAAAGUAUGCAGCCCAUUGAUCUCUUGGGGAUCACCAUCAAAUCUCUGGCAGAAAUAGAGAAAGAGUACGACUACAGCUUCCGGACGGAGCAGAGUGCCGCCGCCAGACUCCCGCCCAGCCCCACUAGAUGUCAGCAGAUACCGCAGUCCUGAGGACCCGGAGCCGGCGCAGGAGAGCUGCCCAGCACACUCACACCCUCACACACACACACACACACACACACACACACACACACACACACACACACAGAUACUACUGAAAGGGGGAGACAGCCCCAUCCCAAAGCUGAGGAGUGUUUCUGGCAACAUUUCUCUAAGCCCUGCCGUGGACCUUGAAGGACCCUUCUUUAAAAAAAAAAAAAAGAAAAAGAAAAAAUAUUGCCCUUCCUUCAUCACACACUUUCACAUGGUGAGGGUGGGAGGGCGAUGAGGCACAAUUGUUUGUAUAUGAUGGUUUCUGGAAUUUUAAAUUGUAAAAUUAUUUUUCAUCUGCUUAUCUAAUACCUCCCCACCCCUAUCCUGAAGCCAUCCUGGGAUUUUUUUUUCUUUCCAUUUGCCAGAGUGAUCAAUGGCCCCUUAAAAAACAAAAACAAAAAGGAAGGAAAGAAAAGGGGGGGGGGCGGAAUCUGUGUAACACAACAUAAGCUGCCCCUUAGGGAGUCCCUCUGGGGUCCAUUGGUCACUUGGUUAAACUGGUCACAUACUAGAAGUGUCCUGUGACUGAGAGUUUGGCUAAUGUCGGCUCUGGAGUGUUCCACCGAGUGCUUAACCUGAGAGCACAUGCGCAGAAAUGCCAUUGUCUGCGGCUGACUUUUCCAGGGGCUGGUGAGCCUGCGCCAGUGCCUCCGCUGCUUUGGUGACAUAGCCUCAAGUGGCCCGUUGGGAAAAGUCCCAUUUGGCUCUCAUCAAGGUCCCGCCGGAAGAGCAUCUCUGCACCAGGGUGCCCCGAGCACGCUGGCCUGGGCGGCUCCCACUGACAGUUCUCUGGAAACGCCGGUGACCUUGGGGCCCAGGAUGGACUUGUUCGGUCCUUGAGAAAGGGCGGCUCCCCGCCAGAGAGGUGGGUAUUCUGGAGAAGAGCACGAGAGCGGUCCUGAGCUGUUGGGCUGCAGGUUGGGAGUCGGCUGCCCGUUUGUUGCCCACCUGUUCGUAGUACCUCACUGGGUCCACUCUCACUCGCCUGGUUGGAUGCUGCCACGCAGCGAGGAGAAUGCCCCCUUUCCCUCCCAGCCAAGCACUUCCUGGAGGCCUCUUGCCCUGAGCACACACCCUGCCUGCCCCCUCCAGGGAAGCGGGGCCUCAGCAUGGGGAUUCCCAAGCCAGGUGCAUGUCUGAACGAUGCUUCUUCAUGUGACAGGCCACUCCAACAGCCCAGUGGGCCUGUGCUGCUUUUCUACACCCUACCAAACUUUGGGCAUGAACUGGAACUUCCCACGAAGGACUGUGGGAGUCUGGGCUUUUUGAACAGUCCCAGUGGUCCCGCCACACAAAGAAGUGUUUGCCCCCAGAACGGAGGUUGCCGUGGCUCUUGGCUUGCUCCGAUGCACAAACGUGUUUUGCACAGCUGUGUCUGUAUCUGUUUGCUGUGGAGUAUUGUGGUUUCUUGCUUGUUCCCCCAGUUCAUUAGAGAGUGAAUUUUUUAGAACUUGUGUCACCAGAUCCUGGAGCUUUUUAAGGAGGGUGCUAAAGGGUGCCCUGGAGGCUGUGUACCGCCGCAGGUGAGACUGUCAGGAGAACCACCGUCCCCACCUCUGGCCAAGGUCCCCCAUCUGUUAAAUUAAGGGCCACGUUAGCAUCCUGAGCUUUCUCCUGGCUUCAGUCCUGACUGGGCAAAUUUUCCUUGGUAUUUUGUGGACACAUAGGCUGCAGGAAGAAUAGGAUGAGUUUCCCAAGCAAUCUCAUCCUCUCGGCUCUGGGCAUGAUGGCUUAGGUGUGACAGGGGCAACAUCGAGCAGCGUUGCUAAGAGCCAUGCCACGUGUAGGAUACAGCUGCCAGCCGGGAGGUAGCUCGCGGUGCUUCACAAAUACCUCAUGUGCAUUACGGACAAUGCAGAAACUCCUCUGCUGUCACCAAGGCAAGUCCGCAGAGACGGGGUUCUCCCCCCCUCCCUGGGCUUCCUCGCUCACACUUUCAUAUCACCCACAUAAGGUUUAAGUUUGGCCUAGAUAUGUGUGCCUUCCAUCUGUAAAGUGAAGAAAGGCAGACUGUGGAUAAGCUAAGGUUCCGUUCAGUCCUGAUUCAGUCCUGGAGAUUAGGAAGUCGGAGGCCCAGAGCAAAGGAAAUUGCCUACGAUCACCCAGACACUCUGUAGCAGAGACAGAAUUCAAACUCAGGUCCAGUCUUAUUUCUACCCCACUGUCCUUCCUCUUGCUGCACCAUGAAGGUAGCUUUUUGUAUUCAUUUAAUCUGUUGGCUCUUCUUUAAAAAAAAAAAAAAAAAAAAAAAAAAAAAAGGAAAGGAAAGAAGAAAAGAAUGGAGAGGGGCCAUAGGAACCUUCUCACGUCUUUUCACCUCAAGUGAGACUUGGAUUGAUGGAUCAUGAGAGAACCCUCUCUCCUCAACCCCCCAUCCAAUUCUGUUGAGGCUGAAGAUUAACCUAAUUUCUCAUUUUUGUUUUAUCCCCAACUCAGAAUCUGCCAGAUAUUAGAAGACCUGGCAGAUGAUAACCAAGACCCAGAGAGGUCAGAAUAGCAUGGAUAUCACUGGGCAAGCCUACUGAGUUUUGUUUUCAUCAUAAAACCAUUUUCUGCCUCUCUGGAUCUAAGGGUCAGACUUUCUUUUUUGUCCCUCCUUUCUCUGGGUCUGGGGCUCUUCCCAGGACUCUCUUUCAGUUUGUCAUCUUUACCCUUCAAGUUUCCUUUUUCUAAGCACAACAUUUUAGCACCUGUUGACCUUGACUUGUAGACUUUUAGUGCUAGAAGGGACUGCAGAGUGACUCAGCUCACCCAGCUCCCAGAGAAUUUCAGUUCUCAGAUGGACUGCAGAAGUCAGCCAAUGCCAGGCCCCUUUCUAAUUGGGGAAUCCUUUCUACAGUGUCCCUAACAAACAAAGAGGUCAUACCCUUCUUAAUAACUCUACCUGAAAACUUCACUGCUUCCCUUCUAAGCAGGCAAGUGGUUAUUCAUCUUCACCUUCAGAGAAAAGUGACAAAAAAAAAGUCUCAGGGAGCUUGGGAAUCUCCAAGUUCAUUGUUUUAUCUAAAGGGACCCUUGGCUCCUGAAGGAGAUUCCUGCUAGUUUCUAGCAACAAUGUUCUUGGAGGAAUGACUAGCCAUCAGAGAAUAAAAGGCUGGGCCAUAAUUUAUUCAGGAUGAAGGGGAAAAAAUAAGUUAAUUGUUUCUGGAGAAAUUAGCUCAGAGAGGCAAUACAGUCAGUUCAGCUCAAAAAGCAUUUUCAUAGUGCUUGAGUUUUUAUCACACUGUACUAAGCACUAACGAUGCCCCCCCCAAAAAAAGAAAAGAGAUAGAAAGGAAAAAAACAAAAGUAGCUUCUUGUAUUUAUUUAAUCUGUUCUUAUUUUUAAAAAAAGGAAAGAAAGAAAAAAUGGAGAGGAAAAAAAUUGUCCCUUUCCUGAGGGUACCUACACUCUCAUUGAAAGGCUGCUAAAUUAGGAAUUAGGAGAUCUGGGCAAGUCACUUCCUCAUUAUGGUCCUCAAGUUCCCAAUCUAUAAAAUAAAAGAGGAUCUCUUACAACCCUGAAUCCUGUGAUUCUACAGAUUCAUGCAGAGAAUACAUGCGUAUGGCCCUUUUAAGAAAAGCAUCCCCUUGAAAAUGAGUCCCUUCAGUCGGCUGAUUGGCGCUUGGCUUUGCAUGUGAUUGUACAAUCUCUCCUGGAGUUAUGGAGGCUGAGGCUCUAGAACAAACACUGGGCAUGAAGAUUUAUCCCUCAGGAAAGAUGAAUAUGGUGUAGUAAAUGGAAAACAGUGCUUGGAGUGGAGAGGAUCUGGGUUCAAAUCCUGUCUCCUUUUUAGGACAAAAUAUUUGCCCUGUCUGGGACCCAGUGCCCUCUUCCACAAAACAAUGGGAGGUAGACUAGACAAUCUCAGAUUGCUUUUAGGCUUUUCUUACGGUUCACUAUUCUCAGGCCUUCAAGCCCUCUCACCCAGAAAAGCUUUUAGACAUCAAGGACCACUUGACCACUGAACACACCUUUAGAUGAGCUCCCUUCCUGACUUUCCCCAGGCCAAACCAUACCAUCAAGGGUUUCCAGGUAACAAAUUGUUAACUAAUGUUUUCAGUAUUUAGUAUGGAGCAAGAGAGUUCAAGUUGGUGAAUUUGAGUUAACCUUGUGUUAACAGUAGUGACAUUUUUGAGACUUAACAUAAGGAAUUAGCUUCUGUAGCACGUUUACUGUGAAAUUUUUUUUAAGCCAGGUUAGGAUAAUUGUGUGGUGUCCAUAGGUGGGACGCAUUGGUGUGGGUGUUUUAGCGUGUGUAUACUUGUGUGUAUGUGUAUGUGUGAUAGACUUUAGACUACUCCUAACUCUAUCUUCUCUUUGCCCACUUAGAGUAGGAGAGGGGUUGGGAGGGCAGAUGAGCCAGUGCUCAGCAGUGUGAGCAUUGUAUUACCCCUUAUGAUGUCCCGGGGUUCUUUGUGCAGUGUAGGACCAACAUCUCACCUGGACCACUGGGAAUUUGUGGUGAAGACAACGAAUAUUGAGACACAAGUCACAAGAUUUCUCCUGUUUGCACAGUAUCCUGGGAGUUAUAACUAGAAGUAAACUUGGAGAUCAUCUUAUUCAACUCUCAUUUUAUAGAGGGGGCGACUGAGGCCCUGUGAGGCAAUUGCCAUGGCCAAAAAAAAGUAUUCAUUGGGAAACAACGUCUUGGUGAUCACCAUCCUCCCCUUGUCCUUAAGGUUGGCUUUUUGAACAACAGCACGGCUGCCAGAGCUGCUGCUUGUCUGGUAGAGCCUUGUCUGGUACCCACCCCACAGGGAAGCGGUGACUUUACAGUUGGCUUGGGAGUGGAGCAUUGGAAACGUCCUUGCCAUUGGGAAGGGUCCUUUAUCUUGGGUGUCUCCAGGUCCACAGGGGUUCUUCCACUCUUUUGCAGUCUCCCACCUCAUCUUACCCAUCAUCCUGUGGUUCCACCCAGCUACAUGCUCCUCAGCUAUGUUAUUAACCUCCCUGAAAUUACUUCAUUGCUCUUCUUUUAUGUUAAAUUCUACAGAAGAGUCCAUUUUCCCCUUAAGCCUAGGGAGACAAGAAUUGUGCUCCUCUGCCCCCACACUCUAGCUCAAUUGCAGAUCAUCCUCCAAAGCAUAAUGACCCCCUCAUUGUAAGAAUCAGGGUGGUAUACGGUGCAGAGAACACUGGACCUGCAGUCAGAAGCCCUUAGCUUUUCUGACUCUGCUGCUAACUCGCUGGGUAAUCUUGGCAAGUCCAUUUUCCUUGGUCCUUAAUUCUUCAUCAGUAAAAUGAGAUGAGUUAUGGAGUGGAAAGGGAUUAAGGUCUAGAAUCAGGAGGUUGGGUCUGCAUCCUGAUUUUGCUGCUGCUGUGUGGACAGGUUACUUUGCGGGAAGGGGCAGGGAGAGUCAGGUGAUAUUCCUUCCAGAACCAUGACCCUAUGACCACUGGAUCUCUGAAGUUCCUUCCAGAAUUUGUAUCCUAAGCUCGGGAAGCGAGGUGGGUGACUUUCUAUGCAGUUCCUAGAGGAUGUCGGACCUAAGGCUCUCAUAGACACCACCAGACGGGCGUCGUGAGCACAUCAGACCACAUGGGUUACCACUGGGCCGUUGCAGUGGAUUCAUGGGCCUGGAGGACAGAUCUCCCUGAUGCUUGAGUAGAGGUGUUCCUUAAUUCGGGACUUGAAAAGCCAAUCGUGGAAUAACAAAUUAACCCUACUCAGCUUCUCACUCUCAAUCUUACGUACUGAGAGGAACAUCUACAUGGAAGGUUGUGCCAUCUCCCACCACCGUGAAGAAAGAAGUCCCUUACAAAGUAGCCAGGCAGGGUCAAGAUGCUGUGCAUUUGUCGGGCUAUCAGAAAUGGACUAAUUGUGCAUUGAUCUCAUUAUGUUAUUACCUUUUGUAUUUAUUUUAGGUGACUCCUGUAUUUUAUAAAGGGAAGUUUCACUGUGUGAUUAUUAAUCUGUAUUCUUAAUAUAAUUUGUCAAAUAAAAGUUUGUUUUAACCACU